AGUUUAACUAUAAAUUUUUGCAAUGGAAGGAGAAAAUGUUCGGGCAGAAAAAAAUGACCCUAUGAUAGAAAAUCUUGGGUUGGAUCAGGUUUCCCUUUCCAGCAAGGCAGAAUGUGUUUCUAAUUCUGUUGCAUGCUUGUCUCUGAAUGAAAAAGAAUUUAAAGAAACCUUAAGUAAUGGCCAGCUAAAGUGUGAAGAUGAUGAUAAUUCAAAACCUCAUGACUUGGCUGAUGCAAGAGGACAGGGCUUUCUCCCAUUGCCAGCCUAUGGUUCUUCUACUGGCCAGUCAAGAAGAGUCAUCCCAGCACACACCCCUUGGAAGAAUUUGUACUACAAAAUGGACAGUCAGAAGAGAGGUUAUUGUCUUGUCUUCAACCACAAAAAUUUCCAUCCCAAUCUUGACAUGGAAACACGUUUUGGAACAGACAAAGACCGGGAUGAUAUUGUGAAUUUUUUCACCACUGAGCUCAACUUCACUGUUCAAGUUUUCAAUGACUUGACUCUGGAUUCACUUAAGAAACAGCUUGAUUAUUAUGCUUUAAAAGACCACAGUGCCUAUGACUGCCUAGUUGUCUUCUUCUUGAGCCAUGGAGAAGAUGGCGUGUUCUAUGCUCAGGAUGCAGCUUUCCGCCAUGAUGAGCUCUUUGACGUGUUUGAUGGCACCAACUGCCCAACUCUUGCUGGAAAGCCCAAGAUCUUCUUUAUUCAAGCAUGUCGUGGAGGUCAGAUGGACCGCGGUGUCCUGAUGGUUGAACAGACUGACUCUCCAGGGUCAGAGUAUAAGCUUCCCGUCACUGCUGAUUACUUCACCAUGUGGAGCACUGUGCCUGGUUACUACAGCUGGCGCAGGAUUAGGGUCCCAACGCCAAAUCUUGAUCCCAUAACCAAAGGUUCAUGGUUCAUACAGUCGCUGCUGAAGGUUCUGCGCAGCCAUGUCACACAAUAUGAUCUCGGAUCCCUCCACGUCCUAGUGAACCAACACAUGAUCGCGGAAUACGAGAGCAAAACGCCUUCUAAACCUGCUACGGACAAAAUGAAACAAGUUUCUUCAUUCGUCUCCACGGGCACGCACCUCCUGCACUUCUUUCCCAUUAGUGAAGUCUCUUUGCAUAACAAUGAGCCAGCAAAGCCUGGAACUACCGAGCCUAAUGCUGAAUGCCAUAAAAAAAAGCGUUUCGGCAUAGUCUCGGAUUAUUUCCGAGCUCGUUGGCGGAGACUCAAAAAGUUUUCAUGAAAAGAUUGUGAAUUCUGAAGUCUCAGGAGACGGACAAUUUCGCCUUGGGUGCUCUUGCUUGGCUGUGUUGUUUGGAAAUUGAUAAGUUGGUUAGA